AUGGUCAAAAACAGUUCUCCACCACAAAAACCUAUAUCCAGCUUCACACCACAAAAACUUGUAUCCAUCCCUAGAUCCCUUAACCAACUAAAUGCAAAAAUUGCCCUUGAAUCCAUUCUAUCAACCAAAGAAAAAGAAGCCAUGAAAAAACCAUCUGCCAAAAAAUUUGCCGAAUUAUGGGACAGCCUCAUUUCAUACACCGAAGUCCAUUCUUUGAUGGGCUUUUACCCAGUAGCCAGACGCCCAGGUCCUACAACAGUUUUCUUAGCCGACUUAUCAUAUCCUAUGACUUUAUGGGAUUAUUUUAUUCAUGGAUUCAUCGACACCAUCUAUCUAGAAGGCACCAAUUUACACUGCAUCAGCGAGUUCCCUUCUGUUGUGCAAACUAUCAUCAGAAAUUAUAAAAUACGAUUUGCAAAACAGGAAAGAGGAUUAUUCAUUAAAAUGCAUUCUAGCUAUCCAAUUUUUUAUGAAGACUCUCAACUAAUUGUCCCAAGUAUUACUUUCGCAAACAUGGGAAUAAGCAACGGCUCAAAACCAAGAAAAGAUGAUCUACCACGAGAAUCACCAAAACAGGAUCACCUAAUUUUUGCACUUGCCGGUGUCUAUUUAGCAUCAUCACGCAUAGGCAACGGUAAAGAUCAAAAGUCAAGAAUCAGAUUGAAUUAUGCCAGUAAAACUUUCAUUAUCUAUUCGUUAACAGACAGUGAAAUCACUCCGGAAGCAAUGAAAGCAAUUGAAACCUUCGAACAACCUUUCGAAAAGUUUUCUCAUCAAUUAGCUGAAUUACCUGCUGAUAUCAAAAAACAACUUUGUAAACAUAUUAUGCAUGCACCAAGACACCAUUGCAGUCACUGUUCAGAAAACACAGAAGAAACACCAUUCAUGGAAGAUUAA